GCACUGGAAACUGUCCGGUGGUUCAGUGGAGUCGCUUCAUUCCCAGUUACACCAUUGUGUCUGAAUGGAAGUGUCCCAGAGGACAGAAUUUACAGAAAAGAUUUGAAAUAUCAGGAGAUACCAGCAGAGGAGAUUUCUCCCUGAUGAUCAUCUCAGUAGCCUACAAUGAUGGCGGCUCCUACAGGUGCAGCUGUAAUGGAGAAACAGUUAGUGAAGUGAAGAUGAAGGUUCUGGUGGCGACAGUUGUAAAGGUUCAUGAGAAGAAGAAUGUCACCCUCCCGUGCUACGGAGACACUCGGAGACAAGAUGUUAAAGAUGUACAGUGGAAGAAGGAUGGAGGAAAGGUUGUGCUGUACACUCAUGCAAACAGAUCAGUGACUACUGAUGAAGCAGGAAGCAGAUUUAUGAUGUCAGUAGAAGACUUUCUGGAUGGUGAUCUCUCUCUCCACAUCAGUUCAGUUCACCUGUCUGAUGCAGGAGAAUAUCGGUGUCUCCUCCAUGAUGAAUCUCAGGAUGGAGAACCAUCAGCUGUUGUGCUGGAGGUAGAAGGGCUACAACAUCAAACAACCACCAGCUCCACCAGCUCCACCAGCUCCACCAGCACCACCAGCACCAGCAUCUGCAGUGAGGUUACAGUACUGCGUGUGCUACUUGGAUUGAUCUCUGUAGGUUUUAUCAUCGGACUGAUGGUUUGGAUUGUGAGAAGACACAGAGAUCAUCCUGUAUUAGAUCCAGAACCACAGGCAGCUCUGAAUCCAUUUCAGAACUAG